AUGUGUAAUCAAGUUUGGAUGAAGCGUCACUGUAAGAAGAUGUGUGGCCUGUGCACUCCACCAGAAGAAGAAACAUCCUCAACCUCUCCAGGCAAAGCAACGUCUGCUCCGAAACGUAAGGCUUGUAAAAUCGUUUUCUACAUCAUAAAAUUGGGCCUAAGAGAGUUAAAAAAAACUGAUGUUUUAUGAAGCGGAGGUUAACAUAGUAGACCUUUAUGUUUCAGCUAGUUCAGACAGUGCUAUGGUAUUUUAUUUCUCACAAAUUUUUCUUCAUAAAUUGUAUUAUUCUUGUAUUUUAAAAAACAGAUUGUGAAUACAGCGGCGUUGUCCACCAGAGUGGUGAGACGUGGUCGCCAGGACCAUGUGUACCAAAAUGUCACUGUGAUAAUGGUCGUAUCAAGUGCUCGAAACUCGAGUGUCCUGAUUUGAACUGUGAUAAGCCCAUUAAACGACGAUGGAAAUGCUGCCCCGAGUGUCUCCCUAACUCAGAUAAAGGUAUGUGGUAUCUACAACUGCCUCAAUUUUGUCUAAAGGUUUUGAGCAUGCUCAACUGCUCCAAAAUCCUUUACCAGCAGACAGUAUCACGAAAUAUAACAUGAAACAUACUCUGAAUAUUGACAUCUUAUAAACUCAAGAUGCGAGCUAUUUAAACAAGACAACAAAAUUCAGGGUAAUAUUUCCACUUUAUUUCAAAGUCAUUGUUGAACCUAUAUCUAUUUGUAUUUGUAUUUAAUUAUAUUUAUACACGGUAACCUAUCAAUUGAUAUUGAUUUUCAUAGGGCCGUGUAAUAUUUACAAGUAAGAGAAUAGAAUUAUAUUAUUUACAAUUUAUCGUUUAGAUGCUGAUUCCAGGUCUUAGCCCCCAUAUAACUAAAACUUCUCUUCAUAGAGUUUGUAUUUGGUUUUGACAGUCUUAGAAAUUUGGCAUACUUCUUAAAUUAUAAUUAGAAUUGUUGCACUUUUCAAAAAGGCUACCUAUUAUCUCCGGACCAUUAUGAUUCAUAACAUUACUCAAACAUUUUUCCACGAGAUUUUGUCGCCUUUCAUCCAGUGUUUUCCAGCCUAACUUAAGUAAUAUUUGUUCUGAUCGAACAUCAUAAUUAUCACCUGUGAAGACCUCGGCACGCUUGUAAAUUGUUUGACAAUUACAAUUACCCCCUAAAUUUUGUUGUCUUGAGUUUAUAAGAUGUUAAUAUUCGGAAUGUGACACAUCAUGAAAAACAAAGGCAUUUUAGUUUAGAAUUUAAGUGCCCGUCAAGGUAUUACUAAAAUAUUAGCCAUUAUUCAUCCGCUAAAUCAAUAUAUGUUCUUUCUUGUUUCCAGAAACAAGAUGUGGUGUCGAAACAAAGGGUGGUAAUGCAGAAAGCUUAUGUUGUGUUUUCCCUUUCAACUACCGUGGAGUUGAUUAUUUCACAUGCACAAGCACUGACGCGCAAGAUCCGUGGUGCUCAAUUACAAGGAAUUAUGACCGUGAUGGAUUGUGGGGGAAUUGUGUUGGUGAGUCUUAAAUUGUGAAGCUAAAGGCUGGAAGUUUUUGAGCGUGACACUACUAGCUUAAAACCCGUAAAGACUAAGGGAUCGAUAGGCCAUGCUUUCACAGCAAAAAAAGUAUAUUCCCGGAAAGAGCAUGUACUAAAAUGAGUAAAAUUGCAAAGUUUGGUUGCGAAAUGUUGUAAAAUGCGGAAAAUAUAGCCUUGCAAACUGCAAAGUUCGCAAAUUUUGUAUACUUUUGUAUUGCGCCUGGAAAUUGCGUGUGGAAAUUUAUCGUAAUUUGUAAUUCAUAUUAGUAAAAGACAUAACAAGACCCCAUAACUAAAUAUUUCAUCUUUUUCCCUAGUGAAAUCAGAAACUGGCAAGAAACAUGUUAAACAAGCAGAUUCUGAUGAGAAAACCGCAUUGAUCUUGGCUACACAACUCUCUAGCGCACGAAAAUGGCGAAACUCCACAAACAACCAAGUAACCGACGCUCUUAAGUCCGUUCCCAGUCCUGUGUCCGAGGACGAACUUCAGAAAUUGAAAGCAAAGGACACCUCCUAUACCGAUGCCAACAACGUAUACCAGAAUGCUUCUGGGGCUUCUAAUGGUAUUUCCGCCCAAGCUGAUUAUUAUAGAAACGCUGGAGUUGACAUUUCAAAGGUUAGCGCGUUGGAUACUGCUCGUAAAAAUCCCGAUUAUAAUGGAGACAGUUAUAAUGGAGCUUACCAAGGGAAUUCUACUUCGUAUGCGUCACCUGAUGUUCCACAGAUUCAAUCCUCGCCACCUAAUUCAUCAGAACAAGGGGAGAAUAAUGCUACAUAUAAUCCAUCAAGCUAUUAUGCACAGCCAACCGGCGACCCAUAUUCAAAUUAUUCAUAUCAAACAGCAACGCGCAAUGAUGGUUAUUCUUCGGAAGCUGCCGGAAACUCUUCGGAUCCCCGAGGAUCAGAUUCCAGGGUUUCAAAUACGGCAGGUUCGAAUGCCGUAGGGUACAAUACCGUAGGAUAUAAUACCACAGAAUCUAAUACUGGAGGAUAUAAUAGUGGAGUGUCUAAUACGGGAGAGUCGAAUGCCGUUGGUUCGAAUACCACAGGGUCAAAUGCCGUAGGGUCGAAUACCGGAGGGUCUAAUACCGUAGGUUCCUAUGCUGGAGAGUCGAAUACCGGAGCGUCAAAUACCGGAGCUUCUUAUACCGGAGAGUCGAAUACUGGGACGUCUUAUACCGGAGAGUCGAAUACCGGAGGGACUAAUACCGUAGGUUCCUAUACUGGAGAGUCGAAUACCGGAGCGUCAAAUACCGAGCUUCUUAUACCGGAGAGUCAAUACUGGGACGUCUUAUACCGGAGAGUCGAAUACCGGAGGGACUAAUACCGGAGCUUCUUCUACCGGGCAGUCGAAUACCGGAGCGUCGAAUACCGGUGCGUCGAAUCAGUAUAACUCAUAUUACGGCGAGGCCAAUAACCCAUCGGCUACAAGUGCCUAUAGCAGUAGUUAUGGACAACAGAGUACUUCGAAGGACACAACAGACAAUACUGUACCAAAUGGGAUUGAGAAUCAAACAUCCUACGAGAUGAACCCGGAUGCAAGCACAGCUCAGUAUGGAAAUAAUCAGCCUGCCACUACGUGAUGUAAGGAUUUUAAAAUUGUUCUGUUGGGGGUAGAAAAACUGACUUGUGACUAAAAUUGUGGACUAACAAACAAUAAUGACAGAAGUACUCGACGUUUCUUUAACUAAAAUUGCGAUUUAUAAGAAUGCGUUUUGUAAUUUUCCAAAAUAAAAUUAGAAUUAAGAGUGGCUGCCUUUGCACAUAUAUAACAUAUAUGAGGAAAGGUAUUUUCAAUGCGUUUUUUAGCUGAUUCCUAAUGAGGAAUGUUUAGAGAAACUUUGAUAUCGGACUCAUGAAAUAACUGCAUUCUAAAUUCGAAAGGUUUAUACAUACGAAUGCAUAAAACUAAAUUAUAGAUAUUGAACGGAAAAUCGCGUUCGGUUUUAACAAAUGUUAAACUAAACUAAACAUAAAAAUAUGGUAUUCAAUAUAUUCGUAAUUAUUAUCUAAGAAAAGAUUUGUAAAACUUUAAAAAUAGUAGUGGCUAAAAUUGUUAUAAAAUGAUUUCACUGCGAAGUUAGAUUUUAAACUAUUUGAAGACGAAAUGUAACAAGAAAUAUAGAAUUGUAAAAUCAAUUAAACAAGAAAAUAAAAAUUGUAAUUGUAUAAUGGUUUUUAAUGGAAUGUUUGAUGUCCCCAUCUCUGAUCGGAUUAUCUAAUUUCACGUUGGAUUAACUAAUCUUAACUCGGAUUAUCUUAUAUCUUAACUGGAUAACUUAAAUCGAACGCACCCUUUUAUAAACCAAAGAUAAACUUGUGGUACCUGUAUGUGAUUAAAUAAUUUACAUGCUUCCAUGCUUGAACGAAUUUCGCCCCGAUUUUCUAGUACUUAAUUGACAUUUUAUAUACUAUUUAUGACAAUAAAAUGCUGAAAUUCCCAUAAGAUUAAUCAUUCUAAUUAGUAUAGGUGUCUGAACGCAAUUGCGCGGUCCGCUUCUUGCUAGUUUUUGGCCCUGUUGGAGAACAAUAUUGUUUUAGUUUGUUAGCAAGUGGCGUAUUCAUUUAAUGUAAAUAAAUCUUAAUUUGGAAAUCACUUCAGACAGAUGAGCUAAAUAAUAAGUCUUUUUUUAUUCACUGAUUUUAUUUGCGUUUUCUUCAGCAAGUAAUAUUAGCGCACAGCAGUUUCCUCCUAACGAAGGUACGUGCUCAUAUUUGGUGCUUUAAACGUUUUUGAAUUUUGGAAUUUAAAUGAUUUUAUGUUAAUUUGAUUCAUAAUCAUAAACAAUAGAAUAGAAAAGCUUAUUAUUUAAUGUGUUUUUCUUUCAUUUCUUAUUACACGUCUAUACCAUCUCUGCCUCGCUUUGUUCAUCUUUUCUGCUCUGUCUACCACCAUAUAGUGUCUAGUGUCUGUCGGCCAAAUGUCUGUCGGCGCCGUUCAUCUUUUCUGCAAUGUCCACCACUCAUCACCUUCUGAUCUUUUCAUUCAAGCUUUCCUUUGCAUCUUAUGACGUAAUCAUACCUUUAAUGAUUAUUUAACUUCAACUUCAACUGAUUGUAAUGUCUACCACUCUAUAUCUUUCUCUGAUCUCCCCAUUUAUUAUCUUGUCCUUCACCGAAACCAUUUGGGAUUCAUCUCAACAUUGUUACAUAUUAAGUGCUGUCAUGUAGAAAUGCUAACUGUAUAUUUGCCUUCCUAUAGAGCCAUGUAUCGACUUUUUGCCUUGCCUUCAAUACCGUUACUACCACUGCUACAGUCAUGAAUGGAUUAGAAAUAAUUGCCCCAAACUCUGCCUUUACUGCGAACAUCGUAAGUAUAGAUUGUGAACAAAUAUCCUUGUUUUUGCCCAGAUUCUAGUCCCAAACUGAGCAGGGGUCGGUUGUUUUUUUCCUUGUAGAGUCCAUCGUCAGUUCCUUGUAGAGUCCAUGGUCAGUGAGUUCCUUGAUAUAAUUUAAUUUAAUUUAUGGUUUCAUCAUCUUUUUUCAGAGCCUUUCCCUGAACCGAUGUAUGGACGAUUUAAACCGGUCGCUGCCGACUAUCCAGGUUGAGUACUGCGCCUAAAUAAUGUUCACUAUAGGACGUACGUUUACUUAAGUGUUAGAUUAAUUUCAAAACAAUCAGUGACAUGAUGGCAUGGAGAAUUGCUGGAUUUUUCAAAACAAUGAAAAGACAAUGAAAUUUUCCGAUCACUGGAUGCAUAGAGAACAUCGGGUGCCUUUCAAAGCAAGACAAUGGAAUAUUCUUAUCACUGGAUAGUGACUGAAUGACACUAGUUAACAGUUAUUCUACGAACUCGAGUCGAAUAUGAGCUGAUAGCCGAUGAGGCGCGUAGCGCCGAAUCGGCUAUCGUUCAUAUUCGACGAGAGUGAGUGGAAUAACUGUUUUAUUAUAUACACAAGGUCUGAAUUCACAGACUUUGCUUUUCGAAUAUUUUCAAUAUUUUUCUAUUUUGUUUAUGUUUUUAUCUUCGCUCUUUCGGCCGAUUAUUUUUUCAAAAAUAUAUAUUUUUAACCAUUUUAAACAAUUUGUGGGAGUUUUUCAUUGUGUUUUUAAUCCUGUAAAGGCUAUAAAAAGCGACAACUUGCCGUUUUCUCGUUUGCAAAACAUCGUAAAUUCAGUUUGGCCGCCAUUUUGUUUUUCUCUACUAGCAGGAUAUUAGCUAAUAUCCUGCUAGUAGAGAACCAAUCAGAUUGCAGAAUACCUCAUAUCCAGACCUUGUGCAUAUAAUAAUCUCAGUUAUGCUACGUGUUAAUGUCCAUUUAAACGGGACCAACAUGUUGAUCCAACAUCACCCAGCAUUGUUGGAUGCAACAUUGUCGGCAUCGUUUGAACACUAUGUUGGGUAAUGUUUGGCUAAUAUUGGAUUGGAUUAUGUUAAAAUUUUCAUCAAACAUUGUCCAACAUUAUCCGACAUUGUUGAACGAUGUUAGCCUCGUUUGAACCGGACUUUAUGCUAAUGCCCGUAGUCAUCGUAUCAUUUUCUAUGCGAUGACUGAUCUGUGUGCUUACAUAUUCUUAUAGAAUGGUGCGUGGAUCAUAAUCACUGCAAAGCAUACCCUACUGAUGCUUGUGCUUAUGAUAGAUGGAUGCAUGUGAACUGUCUAAGGAAGUGCGAUUCUUGUUAUGGUAUGUGACCAUAUUCCAUCCCACGAGGCCGGACAGAUUCGCUCGGUCCAAUUUGUAUAUGUGGGAAUAGACCAACUUAACUUGAUAUGCAGAUUGCCAUUUCAAUGUUUAUUUACACUUUUGAGAGCUUAAACAAGCGACCUUUUUGUCAACACGGAUGUCAGGUCUGCCUCCUCCGCAGGCCCUCGUUGCGUCAUGGGAAGGUCACGAUUUCGAGAGGGCCUGCGGAAUCUUGUAAAAUGAAUAAAUGUUGUUUUGAACCUGCUUCGUUAAAGAAGGCAGUUUUAUUCUUGCAACGUUGGUGUGGACAACAAACCUUAUCGUUAAAAAAUGCUUCCUUCCACGUCCUAAGAGUCGCCAGUUUAAUUUACAAGUUUCACACCGCUUUUUCAUAUCUGUUUAUAUUCAAGAUUAUGUAGAAAUUUACUUGCUGACGUGACGCCGGCGCCAUUUUUUUUACAAGAUUCCGCAGGCCCUCGCCAGAUCGUGACCUUCCCAUGACGCAACGAGGGCCUGCGGAGGAGGCAGCGUCGGGUUGCCGAGGGGGACUGGAAAAAAAAACUGUGUUUGUGUCAGUUCGUGGUAAUCUUCAACACAUAUGACAAAAAAUAAGAUUCCUUGCACGAGCGCUAUGAUGCAAAAUGCUGUCAAAAUUAUGUGUACCACUUUUCGGGUGACGUCCUAAAUCCUAAUGUGUGCUCAAAUUCGUCUGGUUUCAUCAUGCACAUUUAAUUACGAAUUCAUUCGGUCCUGGACAGAGUCAGACUAGCUAUCUACGUCAAGUUUUAUUUAUUCGAUCCAUAGUUUCUUUCUUUUUGUUUCAGGACAAAAGAAAGUGAAAGCGGGACUUCUUUUCGUUGGCCAUCCGUUCAAUUUGACCCCUAAAGACAAGAAGAUGGAUGAUACUCUAGACAAACUUAUUCAUUUCCGCCCCACUCCACCUCCACAGGAGAAGCAAACCAAAGUGGGCAAGAAAAAGGUAGCCGAUGACCAAAAGAAGGGAGGCGCGCCCGCGAAACUUAGUGCCUCUAAGUUGCCAUGGAAACUGCCUGGCAAAAAUGCGCCUGCUGUUCAAGGUGAUUUGCGUCCAGCGGUUGCAGCUACGUCGAAUCAACAAGGUUCGUCGGUGAAACCAAAUACUUCAGCCAAACAGCAAUCCCAACCUGCACCACCUGUUGAUUAUCAGGCUGCUACUCAGGCAGCAACUCAAGCAGCAACCCAAGCAGCAACGCAGGCUGCCACUCAGGCGUCCUAUCAGGUCACACAAGCUGCCACUCAGGCUGCUAAUCAGGCCGCUACCCAAGCGCAGGCUGCAACCCAGGCAGCCGCUCAGGCCGCGACUCAGGCAGCUACACAAGCAGCAACUACAGCGGCAACACAAGCGGCAACUCAGGCUGCUACACAAUUUGCUACUCAGAUAGCCAGUCAGAAACAAGCAGAAGCCGCACAGAAGCAACAGCAAAAGACGGACGAUAAGAAACCCGCAAAAGAGUCUACACCUGAUAAAUCUCAGGAUAACUCGCAACCCGAGAACCUUCCAAAGCAACCAAAUUCUGACAAGGAACCCCGACCCGCAUCAAAUGCUCCACCUGCGCAAGAUGCUCAACCCAACUAUCAGGCGAACAAUCAGGCACCACAACCAAAUUCUGAUAAGGAACUCCAACCCGCAUCAAAUGCUCCACCUGCGCAAGAUACUCAACCCAACUAUCAGGCUAACAAUCAGGCACCUGGGCAGACCUCUACUGCUCAGCAAGCAAACAACGGUGAAAAUAAACCCACAAAGGAUUCAAACCCUACGUCCGAAAAAUCUAAGCAAAAUUCUGAAAAUCCUCAACAACUAAACCCCACCAACGGUCAACAACAAAACUUCGCUGCUGAGAACUUAGAUACAAAAGACAAGCAAAAACCCAUCGAAGUAAGUACCCCGCUAAAAGCAAACUCGAAGGACGGAAACCAACACGUGGAAGACGACAAACCCGCAGCUAAUUCUAAGCCUGCGUCUGGCGUGAAGUCUAAGGGGAAAAGCCCGGUUGGCGUGCCCGCGUAUAGCUACAAAGAUUUGGUUAAGCAAGAGUUGGAAGCCGUAAAAGAUUCCCCGUCUACUAAACAGUUUAAAGCUGAUGUCUUGAAGGAGGUAAUGUUAAUUAAACUAAAGCUUCAGUCAAUUAGCCUUUCUCAAACCGCCAUUUUUGGGUGGCUUUUCAGCCGAAGUCUGCAAGAUAAGUCCACAUAACAGCGACUUUUUAUAAUUUUUUGGACGAAUGAUGGCAAAUUUACUUUGUAAAUGGUUAGUUUAUUUUGAAAAAUUGCUUUUCACAUUGUUUUAAUUGUCUGCAUUGGUUAACGAGAAUUAGAUGCCACCCAAAAAUGGCGGAUAUUCGUCUUCGUGAGAAAGGCUAAUUGAGGAUGAGAGUUGAUGCGAGUUGGCAGUCACGCCACAGUCACGCAUUGUUACAGGGAACAUUUCAAGCUCUAGAUGAACAAAAUAAAGUUUUGAUGAGUGUUCCAACUAUGUUUUAACUUAAAUAAAAUACAUGAUAGUGUUGGGAAAGCAUUAAGAACAACUAACCAAGGUCGCGUGUAGGACUGUUCGGUAUACCGAUAUGCCGAAAAUAUCGGUAUUAAAUCAAUAUCGGUAUAUCGAUACCGGAUAUUCAACCAUACCGAUAUACCGAAAUUUCCGAUAUACCGGAAUUUUUCGGUAUAUCGUGUUAAAUUUACCAACUAUAUGGCGAAACCAUAACCUUUAUUUUACUACUGAAUGGCAAUUCAAAGAACUUUCUACUGCAAUGAUUUAGAAUUUCCACUUCACGAGAUUUUACACUGAGUACGUGCAUGUCGUUCGAAACAGCUUCGAAAUUAUCGUUUUCCCUUUUAGAAUUACUCAAAAUUUCCUUAAAAUUUCCAUUAAAAAAUUUUCCUUUAUAAUUAUCAAAGGAAAACCGGUAUACCGAUAAUAUCGGUAUAAUUUUUUCGGUAUACCGAUACCGGAAAUCUCUCAUACCGAACAUUCCUAGUCGCGUGACUGCCAAUCUUUCGUGCAAUCUCAUCCUCGUUUCUUCUGGGCUUAACUUAAUUUAUACUGCAUAGCUCUAACAUUGCUUUCCCUACAGGAAUAAGAGCUUCCCUUUACCAUUAAACUAAACUUACUGUAUACUGGAUUGAUAGUGAAUAGUUUUAUCAAGGCUGGUUAGUUAUGAAUGUUCAGAUGAAGGUACAUGUGCUCCGAACAUUCGUAACGCCUCUACUCGUUCACGUGCAUCAGAAGGAGAAAAUCGCACUAGAAGUCGCAGCAAAAAUUGCUAGUGUAAACAGGCCUUCAGUUCUGAACGUUUCCCUUUAGGGAUCCAGAAAGCGAGAAGACCGGUUUUUUUAGUUCAAUGUUACCAAAAUUGAGUAAUCGUACUCAAAUAUUGAGUCGCUGUGGGUGCCUUAAAUUCACUCAAGACUUCGAGUCAAAAUACUCAGAGAUUGUUUGCAGAGAUUUACUUUAUUCUCCCGUCUUUUACAGGUGCAAGUCAAACUUAAAUCUGGCACCUUCCCUCAGAUCGACACAUCAAAGGUAUUCGUCAAGCACAAAGUAGCAAAGCCGAAUAGAAAACACAGAGUGACCAAACCGAAACACAAGAAAGCCGAAGCCAAACAUGCAAUUUCGCACAAGAAAGACGAAGCCAAACAUGCAACCGUGCACAAGAAAGACGAAGCCAAACAUGGAAUCGUGCACAAGAAAGACGAAGCCAAACAUGGAAUCGUGCACAAGAAAGCCGAAGCCAAACAUGGAAUCGUGCACAAGAAAGACGAAGCCAAACAUGGAAUCGUGCACAAGAAAGACGAAGCCAAACAUGGAAUCGUGCACAAGAAAGACGAAACCAAACAUGGAAUCGUGCACAAGAAAGGCGAAGCCAAACAUGGAAUCGUGCACAAGAAAGACGAAGCCAAAGGCGAAGCCAAACAUGGAAUCGCACACAAGAAAGGCGAAGCCAAGCAUGCAAUUGUGCACAAGAAAGACGAAGCCAAACAUGUAAUCGCACACAAGCGUCGCAAGAUACAUGGUAGAAAGAAGAAGGGACAGAAAGCUGUAAAGAAAGCGAAAUUGCAUCGUAGAAAGAAGAAACACCAUUUUAAGAAAAUAGAGGACGAAAUGGAGGCUGAGGACGAGGACGAGGACGAGUAAUUGAUAGCAAGAAACGGUAAACAAAGGACAAUAAUAGAAAGAAAACACAUAAAUAAAAAUAUAAGCAUGAAACUUACUACAUUUUUAUUUGAGAAGUCGGAUGAAAAUCGAAAUUUGUACAGUAUGUUUACAUGAGACCCGGUUGGAAAUAAUUUAAAAAUAAAAUAUUUUGUGUUUACAUUCAUUCUGCCCCGAAUUCAUCCGACUAGCGGAAUGAAUGUCGCCUCGGUCUCGUGUAAACACGUGAUAAGUAAAAUAUGAUACUUUUAAAAUGCGAAAGACAUAAUUUUAUAGCUAAAUACAACAAUUGAAACUAUAAAUGUAUUUAAUUAUAAUGUCAUGAUUUAAUAAAAUCUAUCAGUUACAAAUAACAGCAAUAUACCACAAAUAAAUUGUUGUAAUGUAUAUGUUUUUAACAAAAGCUAUGGUUAUAAUAAUGUUGUGAGCUGUCUCUUACAUAAAACCGUAACAAAAUAAAGCAAACGACUUAAAUGAAUUAACUGUGUAACUGUAUUGCAACAAACAUUGAUAUAUAUUGGUUAUAAAUUAAUACGAAAGGCUAUAUAAAUUUGAUCCUAAAUUUAAUUUAUAACGUACUUAUUUUAAAUGUUAAACUUUGCAAUAUCAAACAUACAGAAUUAAAG